UCACAGUACAAAAAUCGAGAAGGAGAAGAGAGAGCACGCGAAGCAGCACGGCAUGAUCCGCACGGAGAUCACGGGAGCCGAGAUCGCAGAAGAGAUGGAGAAGGAGAGGCGCCUCUUCCAGCUCCAGAUGUGCGAAUAUCUCAUUAAAGUUAACGAAAUCAAGACCAAAAAGGGUGUGGAUCUGCUGCAGAAUCUUAUAAAGUAUUACCACGCACAAUGCAAUUUCUUUCAAGAUGGCUUGAAAACGGCUGACAAAUUGAAACAGUACAUUGAAAAACUGGCUGCUGAUUUAUAUAAUAUAAAACAGACCCAGGAUGAAGAAAAGAAACAGCUAACUGCACUCCGAGACUUAAUAAAAUCCUCUCUUCAACUUGAUCAGAAAGAAGACUCCCAGAGCCGGCAAGGAGGGUACAGCAUGCAUCAGCUCCAGGGCAAUAAGGACUACGGCAGCGAGAAGAAGGGCUACCUGCUGAAGAAAAGUGAUGGGCUCCGGAAAGUGUGGCAGAGGAGGAAGUGUGCGGUCAAGAAUGGGAUCCUGACCAUCUCACACGCCACGUCUAACAGGCAACCCGCUAAGCUGAACCUUCUCACCUGCCAGGUGAAACCAAAUGCCGAGGACAAGAAGUCUUUUGACCUGAUAUCACAUAACAGGACGUAUCACUUCCAGGCAGAGGAUGAGCAGGACUAUGUAGCAUGGAUCUCCGUGUUGACGAACAGCAAAGAAGAGGCCCUGACCAUGGCCUUCCGUGGAGAGCAGAGCACAGGGGAGAACAGCCUGGAAGACCUGACAAAAGCCAUCAUUGAGGACGUCCAGAGACUCCCUGGAAAUGACGUCUGCUGUGAUUGUGGCUCAUCAGAACCCACUUGGCUUUCAACCAACUUGGGCAUUUUGACCUGUAUAGAAUGUUCCGGCAUCCAUAGGGAAAUGGGGGUUCAUAUUUCUCGCAUCCAGUCUUUGGAACUAGACAAAUUAGGAACCUCUGAACUCUUGCUGGCCAAGAAUGUAGGAAACAAUAGUUUUAAUGAUAUUAUGGAAGCAAAUUUACCCAGCCCCUCGCCAAAACCAACCCCUUCCAGUGAUAUGACUGUACGGAAAGAAUACAUCACUGCAAAGUAUGUAGAUCAUAAGUUUUCAAGGAAGGCCUGUUCGUCUUCAUCAGCUAAACUGAAUGAAUUGCUCGAGGCGGUCAAAUCUCGGGAUUUACUUGCACUAAUUCAAGUCUAUGCAGAGGGGGUGGAGCUCAUGGAACCCCUGCUGGAACACGGACAGGAGCUUGGGGAGACGGCCCUGCACCUUGCAGUCCGAACCGCAGACCAAACAUCUCUCCACUUGGUUGACUUCCUUGUACAAAACUGUGGGAACCUGGAUAAGCAGACAGCCCUGGGCAACACGGCCCUACACUACUGCAGUAUGUACGGCAAACCCGAGUGCUUGAAGCUGCUUCUGAGGGGCAAGCCCACCGUGAGUGUCGUGAACCAGGCUGGAGAGACUGCCCUGGACAUAGCAAAGAGAUUGAAGGCUACCCAGUGUGAAGAUCUGCUCUCGCAGGCUAAGUCUGGGAAGUUCAACCCACACGUGCACGUGGAGUAUGAGUGGAACCUGCGUCAGGAGGAGAUGGACGAGAGCGACGACGACCUGGACGACAAACCCAGCCCCGUCAAGAAAGAGCGCUCGCCGAGGCCUCAGAGCUUCUGCCACUCCUCUAGCAUCUCCCCCCAGGACAAGCUGUCCCUGCCGGGGUUCAGCACCCCGAGGGACAAGCAGCGGCUCUCCUACGGCGCCUUCACCAACCAGAUCUUCGCCUCCACAAGCACAGACUCGCCCACGUCACCAACCACCGAGGCACCCCCGCUGCCUCCGAGAAACGCCGGGAAAGGUCCAACUGGCCCACCUUCAACACUCCCUCUAAGCACCCAGACCUCUAGUGGCAGCUCCACCCUGUCCAAGAAGAGGCCUCCUCCCCCACCACCCGGACACAAGAGAACCCUGUCCGACCCUCCCAGCCCACUACCUCACGGGCCCCCAAACAAAGGCGCAGUUCCUUGGGGGAACGAUGUAGGUCCGUCGUCGUCAAGUAAGACCGCAAACAAGUUUGAGGGACUAUCUCAGCAAUCGAGCACCGGCUCUGCAAAGACUGCCCUUGGUCCAAGAGUCCUUCCUAAACUACCUCAGAAAGUGGCACUAAGGAAAACCGAAACCAGCCAUCACCUCUCCCUGGACAAAGCCAACAUCCCGCCCGAGCUCUUUCAGAAGUCCCCACAGUUAGCAGAGCUACCACAGAAGCCACCGCCCGGAGACCUGCCCCCGAAGCCCGCUGAACUGGGUCCCAAGCCCCCAGUUGGAGAUUUGCCUCCGAAGCCGGGAGAACUGCCCCCCAAGCCGCAGCUGGGCGACCUGCCGCCCAAGCCGCAGCUGGCAGACCUGCCCCCUAAGCCGCAGAUGAAGGACCUCCCUCCCAAGCCGCAGCUGGGAGACCUGCUGGCCAAGUCCCAGACGGGGGACGUGUCGCCCAAGGCCCAGCAGCCCCCAGACGUCACCCAGAAGCCACACCCGGUGGAUCUGGCCCUGAACGUGCAGUCCCGGGACGCCGUCCAAAAGCAGGCAUCCGAAGACUCCAGCGACCUCACGCCCACCCUGCCCGAGACGCCCGUCCCGCUGCCCAGGAAGAUCAAUACGGGCAAAAACAAGGUGAGGCGAGUGAAGACCAUCUACGACUGCCAGGCGGACAACGACGAUGAGCUCACCUUCAUGGAGGGGGAAGUGAUUGUGGUCACCGGGGAGGAAGACCAGGAGUGGUGGAUCGGGCAUAUCGAAGGACAGCCUGAAAGGAAGGGGGUCUUUCCAGUGUCCUUUGUUCACAUCCUGUCCGACUAGCAAAGUGCAGAACCUUGAGAUUGUCCACGUCUCCGCUCAAGACUGCCGCCCCCGCGUACCCCUGCGCACCCGUGUAUAUAGCUGCUGUUACAGAACCAGAGACUGGCGCCAGGGCCACCUCGGGAGGGGAGCGUAGUGCGUGCUGUAAAUAGCCUGUGGUCCUCUGCCUUCGCCAGCGUUAGGGUAGCCCCGGGACCCGGCGCGCCUUACUGGUCCGCCAAAGCCAUCCUCGGCCCCUAGCACUUACAUCUCUUGGUGUUUUCCUAGCAAACGGACAAACACAGGAAUAUAGGAAGCGCUGGCCUUGCAAACAGACGUGGUCUCCAGCAAACCGUUGAAAGGCAUAGAUUGACUCUGUGUUCCUAACAAAACAGUAUUCUCCGUUGUGUUACUACACAUGCAACGUUAGGAGAGAGGUAGGUUCUGUUCUCCGGGUGAAACAUUUAGCUCCGUGACAGACCAGCCUGUAGUGAUCUGCGUUCACAGUUUACAGCUACAAAACAAACCCACUUUGGUAUUUAUUACAGCGAAGUGCUUGGUUAAACAUAAGUGUUAUUCCUUCUGCAAAAUAUUCACCGGCCCAAACCCUUUGGUGGCAUUCGGCAGGCCUCUCCGCCUCGUGCAGGCCGGGCACGGCCUGUGCAGCCUUUCUUACCGUGACGAGUGCCCGCCCCUGAGAUAUUACCUCAUUCUGCAGAAAUAACAUAUCCUUCACGACCUUUUUGACAAAAGCUUAAAACCCAUUUGGUGAAGUUCAACUUCCAGGAACCGAGGACCGCCAGGAAACCUUAGCCUCUACAUUAUGCAUGCAUUUAGAAGCUUACCUGAAAUCUGCCUUUUAUAAAGGAAUAGUAUGGACAAGUUGGACUGUACAUUUUUUAAACUUGAUCACCAUUAAAGCAGAAAUUAUAAGGUUGCAACAAUACCUGUUUCUAGUCCGUCGUUUGGCCUUCCCGGAGUGUGAAGCUGCCUCUCACAUUAACAGUUAGCCUCCUCCCAAUGUGUUAAAGCAUCUGAUGCACCAGGUUAUUUUGUCCUUAUUUUGUCAGUUUUGUCCUUGAUCGAUUUAAACGUGUGAAAGAGGAUUCAAGAUGAGUUGCACAGUCAGCCCUUCACACGGCUCCCCCCGCCCCCAGAGACUCGGGGUGCUGGAGCCAGCCUCCUGUUUCUCCGUGCUCUUGACGACACCCCGGGCGUAGGCGAGGCCCCCAGCCUGAAGCUGUGUUCAGGGACCCGUUCCCUGCAAGGCGGUUCACGGCCGAGUGCCCGAGCGCCGCUGGGAACUGCUCUGAACGGGCGCUCUUCCCGCAGCCUGCGUCCCUGCGUGUUCCCUCCCCGUCCCGCUGCGGCCCCCAGGGCAACCCCGAGUGCUCAGUCUUCGUCAGUCUGGGUUCUGAAAACGCGUUCUGUCCAGCAUCCCCAGUGGGCGGGGCCGCCCUCCGGACCCCAACGCCCCCGAGUCCUUGUGGCUUCACAUUCGCUUAGACUGCUUUGUGGGCAGCAGCACCGGAAGCUGGUGUUUUUAAGCAGGGAACCUCGGCCGUGCGUCGUCGAGAAGCUCCUUCCCCAGAAGCACAGCUCCCGCCCGAGCCCGUGGGAAAAGCGCCUGGACCACAGUCCCAGUGCUCAGUGACGGUCACCCGGCCACCUCCAAGAGAAGCCUCGCAUGAACGGAGCUGCGCCCACCGCCUCUCGGCUGUUCCUGGGCAGUGGUUUGGAGCCGCGGCGGCCCGGGAGCUGUGCACGGCCCACCAGCGCCCGGGGCCACAGGCUGACGUGUCCCAAGCCCCCUGGCGUCCUGCUUCAUUCGCGUACGCGGUCUGAGUUGCAUUAAAGAACCGUUCGUCUUUGUGGCCUACAGUAUUUUCAGCCGAUCUCAGAAUAAACUGGUUUUCUAAAAAACUCGAAACCUAGAUGUCUAAAAUCACAUGGAGUCCUUGUCUGUGCUUUUUCCCUCCUUUGCAGCAACUUACACAGAUGCGUUGUUUUGUUUGGUUUUUCAAUACCUUCCGUGUUUUUUUUCUUUCCAGUUCGGUUUUUGUUUUCCGUGAGGAAAUCUCUCUAAUCCAGCUUACCGUGGGACAUAGGAAAGCUAGAGAUAAAUAUCUUCGGUGACCUUGGUCGAGUUUGAAUCUGAUACUGUUCUUAAACUCAGUGAGCCACUAUCUGCAAUUUUGUACAUGAUAUAGUAUUUUGAAGGUAUGGAACCUUAUGGGAAAAAAAUAGUUAAUUAGUUCUUUUUUCCCCCAGAGGGGAAAGUUACGUUCUGCAAAUAGCCUGUGUCUUAUUUUACUGUUGAACAGCAAUUGCUAUUUAUUUUUUUAUUGCCUAGAACUUCUCCACGUUGUAUAGGAACCCUGUAGUGCCGCUAGAUAAACUCCAGACUGUCAUCUGGGUGUUACCAUGAGACAUCAGUACGCUUGUCAUUUCACAUGGAUUUAAUGUGACCGUUUUCAGUACUGUAUGUGUUCAUUUCUACUUUUUUUAAUAUUUAAAAUUGCUUUUAAAUAAACAUAUUCUCAGUUGAUCCCAAACAUCUGAAAUCAA